AGAGAGAGAGAGACUUGGAUAUUGUUGUUAUAGUGAAGGAGGAUAUCACUGCUUGGAUUGUGACAGACUGAGAAGGAGAGGGAGAGAGAAAGAGUAAGACAGAGAAAGAGAGAGCGGUGUACGAUGUGCUAGGAGAGUGAAGAGAGACAAUCUCAGGCGUUUUUCUGAUAUUCUCGGGGUGUCAGAGAGACAGAACAGGACUCAAAGAUGGGACGGAAGAAGAUCCAGAUCACGCGGAUUAUGGAUGAGAGGAACAGGCAGGUGACCUUCACGAAGAGGAAGUUUGGCUUAAUGAAGAAAGCUUAUGAACUGAGCGUACUAUGUGACUGUGAGAUUGCCCUGAUCAUUUUCAACAGCUCAAACAAACUCUUUCAGUAUGCCAGCACUGACAUGGACAAAGUCCUGCUUAAAUACACAGAGUACAAUGAACCCCACGAGAGCAGAACCAACUCGGACAUCGUUGAGGCACUAAACAAGAAAGAACACAGAGGCUGUGAUAGUCCGGACCCCGAAACCUCAUAUGUCCUCACCCCUCACACAGAAGAGAAAUAUAAAAAAAUUAAUGAGGAGUUUGAUAAUAUGAUGCGAAAUCAUAAAAUCCCCACCGCUCUGCCCCAGCAGAACUUUUCCAUGCAUGUGGCUGUGCCCGUGACAAACCCAAACGCCAUGUCCUACAACCCGGGGAGUGCCUUGGGUACCCAGAGCCUGGCAGCUGCCAGUGCCUCGCUGAGCGACAGUGCCAUGCUGUCCCCUCCCCAGGGUUCUCUUCACAGGAGCGUGGUGUCUGCCAGUGCCCCCCAGAGACCCCCCAGUACGGGCAGUGCAGGUGGCAUGCUGGGUAGGCCAGAUCUGACGGUGCCAAGCGGCGUAGGCUCUCGUCCUCAGGGAAAUGGCUUUGUUAACCCCCGAGGCUCGCCGGGGCUUCUGGGUACACCUAGCGGGAACGGCCUGGGUAAAGUCAUGCCCACUAAAUCACCGCCACCACCAGGGGGCAACAUGGGCAUCGGCAGCCGCAAACCGGACCUUAGAGUGGUCAUUCCUCCAUCCAGCAAGGGAAUGAUGCCACCGCUGUCUGAGGAGGAAGAGAUGGACAUGAGCACACAGAGGAUAAACAGUUCCCAGGCCGCCCAGCCCCUGGCCACCCCGGUGGUCUCUGUCACCACACCCAGUCUGCCACCUCAAGGCAUGGUUUACUCAGGCAUGCCUACUGCCUACAACACUGAAUACUCCCUGAGCAGUGCUGAGCUCACCUCUCUGCAAGGCUUUGGCUCUCCAGGGCUCUCUUUAGGCUCAGUGUCGGCAUGGCAACAGCAUCAACUGGGCCAGGCAGCUCUCAGCUCGCUGGUGGGUGGCGGUCACUUACCUCAGGGCUCUAACCUGUCAGUCAACACCAGCCAGAAUGUCAAUGUCAAAUCCGAGCCCAUCUCACCCCCGCGGGAGCGCGUCACCCCCUCCGGUUUCCCCCCCCAGCAGCAGCCUCCGUCCGGCCGGCCCGACAUGGGCCGCUCCCCCGUCGACAGCCUCAGCUCCUCCUGUUCGUCCUAUGAUGGCAGCGACCGCGAGGACCACCGGCCUGACUUCCACUCCCCACUCGGUGUGGCCAGAGCGCAGGCCGGUGGGGAGGAACGGGAGAGUCCCUCGGUCAAACGCAUGCGCAUGGAUGCCUGGGUGACAUAGACUCGCCCGGGCGGGGGGCCAGGCCUCCAGUCCCACGGCUGAGGAGAGGAAGAGAGAUUAGAGAGUGAGAGAGAGAGAGAGAGAGAGAGAGAGAGAGAGAGAUAGAAAGAGGGACAUCAGGAGCAGGGAGGGUCCUAUUUGUUAUUAUUCUGUUAUUAUUUAACGUUGUUUCAUUUUUGUAAGUAGGAGAAAGGACAGUGAAGGAAAUUCAAGAUGUCCUGACAUAUCGAAAUUCAAUUAAGCAAUGCAGUUAAAGGAAAAAAAAAAACAAACAAAAUUCAUAAAUAAAAAGGAAAAAAAAAAGAAAAGAAAAGAGUUGAGUAAUCAGACUGAGCAUUGUCCUCAAACAGGUGUUAUCAGGUACUUGAUGCAGAUCAGAAUUUUUUUUUCUUUUUGGACUGUCCGAUGUUAAAGGAAAAGAUGAGAUAAAAUUUAAACCUUUUAGAUUGUGGUAGUCCACUGGUCCAGUCUGGCACGCACGUGUAGUGGCUGUUUUUGCUUUUUUUUUUUUUUGUUGUUGUUGUUGCAAGUUUUUCAAACAAUUUGAGAAAGUUACAGGAAACGUCAUCUGUCUGAUGACUGUACCCCGCCCAGUCCCCCCACUCCUCCUCCCCCACGCCCCUGGCUCAUGUUUGAAGAGGUUUGUGUGAUGUCACAGGCCCCCUCUUUAUUUAGAUGUGAAAGAGAAUGCCCGUGUCCUUUAUGAAUUUGUUGAAUUAAGCGAUAUGACAUGAGAUUUCGAACAGAGAGUGAAUGUGAGAGAGAGAGAGAGAGAGAGAGAGAGAAGAUGUGUUUUUGUUUGUGAGUCUGCAGACAGAGGGCCCCGCCCUCUUAAAGCUGUUUUUAUUCACAAUGACUACGUCACAACCAUUCAGAGGGUCUCGUGAGGAAAGGAGAUUUACGCGAGUUUUGCAAUCCCCUAGUUCAUCAUUUCAAUCCGAAACUUGAACAUUGGCAACAUGUCGUUUUUUUAGCAAUGCUCUCAUUUUGUGAGUUAUAGAUGAAUGGCAAAUAUUUAAAACAGUUCAACUUAGACCACUUGAGCUGGAGACAGUAACACGUUCUGAAGCAGCUCUAACAACUUCAGUGGUAUUGUAAGCCAAAGCUGUAUGUUUAUCCCCCCUUUUGUUUAUGAGUUUGAAAAGUCUAGCAGUUCUCUCUAAACAUUUGGUUCCAUCUUUACAUUUGUCGUGACUUUUGCUUUGUUGCAUACAAUAGUAAGACAUGCAGACCAGACCUUGAAACAAUAUCUAAAGCCAUGAACAGUUUCUGUUCUGUUUGUAAAUGAGAAAAAAAUUGAGCCAAACUUUUCUUUUGUUUAUGUAUAUAGCAACUUUAAUAUAUAUCACCAUCGGUGUAAGUACGUAUGUAUUGUACCUUCACCAGAUUCAAGAAAAAAAAAGUAUAUUUUUGUGGAUUACUGCCAAGUUUACAGGGCAAGAUCCUGAUUAAGUAGAGUAUUCACUGGUUAAUAUUUACUAUUUUGUUAACUAUACUGUACUUUCUUCAAAACUGAAUUACUAUAGUUAAUAAUCAAAGUGUUUUUAUUU